UGGAAAUGACCGUCAGCUGCUCUCCUUGCGUCCCCACCAUCACAUGCCCCACCACCGGAGCCCGGGAGGCCUGACCACAGACCCACAUCUCGGCGGCAUGAAUUAUUAGGCAUAAUGGAAGGCACUCACUGUACCCUCCAAUUGCGUAAGCCCGUCACGGAACUCUGCUACAUCAGCUUCUGUCUUCCCCGGGGGGAAGUCAGAGGCUUCUCGUACAAGGGCGCUGUAACCCUAGACAAAUCCAAUAAAGGAUACCAUAGCUGCUACCAAGUCAGGGCGGGGUCAGACAUCAUCAGCCUCAGCCGGCAGCCGAACCAACAUCCAGGCGACAUAUUCUUCAAGCAGACGCCCACGAAGGACAUUCUGACUGAGCUGUACAAACUCACAGCGGAGAGGGAGCGACUGCUGGCCGACCUGCUGAGCUCGGACCACAUCCUGGGGAUUACCAUGGGCAACCAGGAGGGGAAGCUGCCCGAGCUGUCGGUGAGCCUGGCACCUGAGGACGACUGUUUCCAGGGUGCUGGCGACUGGCAGGGGGAGCCCCCCGUGGGCUCUCUGAAUAAGAGGAGCACCCAUGGGCACAAAAAGCCCCGGAGGUUCGGCGGGAGGAGGAAGAGCUUUCAGACACCUCUGCAGAAGAGGGUGAGAAGCAGAGGGCAGGGGGGUCAGGAGUCAGCGGCUCAGACGGGGAAGGACCGCAUCUAUUCCAGCAACUCCUUUCCUCCUCCUCAGGCCAGGCCCAGUCUCCUGGAGAAAGGAGGGAGCUCGUUCCCAAAUGGGGCACUUACCACAUCCCUGCAGAGAAGCAAGAGCUGUCCCCCCAAGAUUCCCGGGACACUGGACGCAGAGCCCGGCUUUGGAGUGGCUUCUGAGGACACCGGGCUUGGGGGAGGAGCGCAGUCUCCUGACCACAGCUCCACGGAGGCAGGAGAUAAUGGUGUUCAGGGGCCACAGAGGGGGCCUCACAGUCUGGGACAUCAGCAGAUAGGUUUGUCUGAAGACCACCAGGACCCUGAGAAGCAGCCGGAGACAGAGAAGGGCCGGAGGGAGAAGUCAGACGAGCAGACUUGCAGGAAGCAACCUGUUUCCAAGGUGGUGGCCAAGGUCCAGAACGUGUCUGCUCAGGUGCAGAGAGUGGUUCAGACAUGUGACGAGGGCGAGGAAAGGAUUGCCGUUUGUCCCGAAGCCCGAGCCGAGUUUAUACCCAAAGCAGACUUGCCCUCCCUCCCGGGAGCCGAGGCCGGGGCUCAGUGUUCCAGGCUGUGGGGCAGAGAGCAGCCAGAGGACCAGUCGUCAGCCAGACUAAGAGCCUCCACUUGUCGGGCGUCAACCAGUGCCGAGGGGGCUGUGAACAAGGUCCUCCUGAAGGUGAUCGAGAGCGAGAAGUUAAACGAAGCCUCUGAAGGGAAAAGGCUGGGCUUCCCCUUCGGUGCCAAAGCCACCCACACCCUCCCAGAAACCAGAUGCAAGAGGAAAACUGGGUUGCCUCUGAGUGGCCACAAAACCUUGUUUCUGAAUCUGCCCCAGAGCGCAGGCCCCGACUCCUCACAACCCAGAGGUGAUGAGAAGAGACCGUCCCCCGCAGCACGGGCAGCUCUUGGCGUGGUAUUUAAUAAUUCAUGCCCUCAGUCCGGCACACACAGACUGAUGCCACCUGUUUCCUUUCCUCUGUCUCCAAGGCUCCCCAGCCCUCAGCAACAUCACAGGAUCCUCCGGCUCCCUUCACUGCCUGGUGAGACGGAAGCCGCUCUUAGUGACUGUCCUCCUAGAAAGCGGGGUGCUGUCUCUGCAUCCCCCUCAGCUGACACAUUAGAGCCACCAUCCUCUGCCAAGGUCACGGAGACCAAAGGAGACAUCUCAGCCUCCCUCAGAGCAGGCCAGCCUCGGCUGGUGCCUGGGGAACCUUUGGAAAAGAGCUUGGGGCCAGGGAAGACCACAGAUCGGCUCCAGCACCAGUCACCUCCAGGCAUCUCCUCCGAGGGCUUUUCCCGGGACUGCUCCCAUGAGCAGACAACAACUAAAGACCUUCCCAACAGAGAUGGAGGUUCAGGGGUCCUGGGCUAUAGAUCAGGACCAGCCCAUCCAUUUCUGCUCCACGAGGAGAAAGCGAAGCCAAGCAGAAGCGAAUUGUACUUGGAUCUUCACCCAGACCAGAGCCCCACAGAGCAGGACGACAGGACUCCUGGCCGACUCCAGGCUGUCUGGCCACCCCCAAAGACAAAAGACACAGAAGAAAAAGUGGGAUUGAAGUACACUGAAGCAGAAUACCAAGCUGCUAUUUUACACUUGAAGAGGGAACACAAAGAAGAAAUUGAAAACCUACAGGCCCAGUUUGAACUUAGAGCCUUUCAUAUGCGGGGUGAGCACGCAGCAAUAACAGCGAGACUAGAAGAAACCGUUGAGAAUCUCAAGCAUGAGUUAGAACACCGAUGGCGGGGAGGGCCGCAAGAGAUGAGAGAUGCGUGCGUUUCCACCGAUGACGACUGCCUUCCAAAGACCUACAGAAACGUGUGCAUCCAGACAGACAGGGAGACCUUCCUCAAACCCUGCGAAGGAGAAAGCCAGCCAGCCAGAAGUAACCACAUAGUACCCAAAAAGCUGAAUAUCUCCUCUUUAAGCCAACUUUCUCCCCCAAAUGACAACAAAGACGUCCAUGCCCCACCUCAGUGUGUGGAAAGCAUCUCAUCUAAUCAGCAGAAGGCACCACCUCCCCCUCCUGCACCACCUCUUCCAGCCUGUGUCCCUCCCCCUCCUCCACUUCCACCUGGCCUUGCACCUCUGCGGCCAGCACCUCCCACACCGCCUGUGAGUGCUGGGCAGCCACCACCACCGCCACCGCCUCCGCCACCACCUCCACCGCCUCCUCUACCUCCAAGUGCUGGACCUCCCCCGCCCCCUCCCCCGCCCCCCCUUCCUAACUUACCUCCUGUGCCUAACAGCGGGGGGCCACCUCCUGCUCCAGCACCCCCAGGACUUGUACCCCCACCUCCUCCUGGGCUCUUCUUUGGAGUUGGGGCUCCUUCCAGCCAGUGUCCUCGAAAGCCAGCCAUUGAGCCCAGCUGUCCCAUGAAGCCUUUGUAUUGGACUAGAAUACAAAUAAGUGAUAAGAGCCAAAAUGCUACACCAACCUUAUGGGAUUCUUUAGAAGAACCUGAUAUUCGGGAUACUAGCGAAUUUGAGUAUUUAUUCUCCAAAGACACAACUCAGCAGAAGAAAAAACCCCUGUCAGAGACCUAUGAGAAAAAAAACAAGGUCAAAAAGAUCAUCAAGUUAUUGGAUGGAAAACGAUCUCAAACUGUGGGGAUCUUGAUAUCUAGUUUGCAUUUAGAAAUGAAGGAUAUCCAGCAGGCUAUUUUCAACGUGGAUGACUCUGUGGUUGAUCUGGAGACGCUGGCGGCCUUGUAUGAAAAUAGAGCCCAAGAGGAUGAAUUGGUUAAAAUAAGAAAGUAUUACAAGACAUCCAAAGAGGAAGAAUUGAAGCUGCUGGAUAAACCUGAACAAUUUUUACACGAGUUAGCCCAGAUCCCCAAUUUUGCUGAACGUGCCCAGUGUAUAAUCUUCAGAUCUGUCUUUUCUGAGGGUAUCACCUCCUUGCACCGAAAGGUAGAAAUCAUCACACGAGCUUCUAAGGGUCUGCUGCGGAUGAAGAGCGUGAAGGAUAUUUUAGCUCUCAUUCUGGCUUUCGGAAAUUAUAUGAAUGGAGGAAAUAGGACUCGGGGACAAGCAGAUGGGUAUAGCUUAGAAAUUCUGCCCAAACUCAAGGACGUCAAAAGUCGGGAUACUGGGAUUAAUCUGGUGGACUAUGUUGUGAAGUAUUACCUGCGUUACUAUGACCAGGAAGCGGGAACAGAGAAGAGUGUUUUCCCCCUGCCUGAGCCACAAGAUUUCUUUCUGGCCUCCCAAGUCAAAUUUGAAGACCUCAUAAAAGAUUUGAGAAAACUGAAGCGACAACUGGAAGCAAGUGAGAAGCAGAUGAUGGUGGUGUGUGAGGAGUCUCCAAAGGAAUAUCUCCAGCCUUUCAAGAACAAGUUGGAAGAGUUCUUCCAGAAAGCCAAAAAGGAGCAUAAAAUGGAAGAAAGUCACUUGGAGAAUGCACAGAAGAGUUUUGAAACGACGGUAGGAUAUUUUGGGAUGAAGCCAAAGUCUGGUGAGAAGGAGAUCACACCCAACUAUGUGUUUAUGGUGUGGUAUGAGUUCUGCAGUGACUUCAAGACAAUUUGGAAGCGGGAGAGUAAAAACAUAUCUAAAGAAAGAUUGAAAAUGGCUCAGGAAUCAAUCAGCAAGUUGACGUCAGAGAAGAAAGUGGAGACAAAGAAAAUCAAUCCCACAGCUAGUCUGAAAGAAAGACUGCGUCAGAAGGAAGCCAGUGUGACCACCAACUAAAGCAGACAUACAUGAAAUGAUGACAGUGGGGAUGUAGUCCUUGCAUGAUCCUUUGCAACAACAGUGCCGCAGGAGUUCUUGAAAGAUAUGUCACUAAAUGUUUGUUUUGUUCAUCUCUUUCUGAGGUCACCUGAAGAGAGCGCCCUGUGCCUUCUUAAAGAAGUUCCUUAUUAAGCCACAGGAACACUGAAAAGCUGUUUAAGGGGACAUUGUAGUAGUAUCUAAUAAUUGUUUCUUGAAGAAGUCCAGGAUCCACUCUGCUUUAAGACCAGAGAAAUUACCAAGAUUUUUCAAAUUUUUAAAGAAGUUGAGACGUCAGACUCUCUAACCCAAGCUUGAUAUACGUAAACUUGUCA